AUGGCUGAGUUGGAUCUGAUGGCUCCAGGGCCACUGCCCGGGAUCGCCACUCACGCUCUUGCCACUGUCAGCCCAGACUCCGGGUCGGGCAGCCCGGCCGAAGAAGAAGACACGGGCUCCCCGGGGAGCUCUCAAGGGGAGACGGAGGGACAGGGCAGCGGCUCUGUAGGGCAGGGGGGUCCUGACGGCGAGGGGGAGGCGGAGAUCCUGUGUGAUUUCUGCCUCGGGACCGGCAGGGUGAAGGCGGUGAAGUCCUGCCUGACCUGCAUGGUGAAUUACUGCGAGGAGCACCUGCGGCCUCACCAGGAGAACAGCAAACUGCACAGCCACCAGCUGACCGAGCCUGUGAAGGACCGGGACCUGCGCACCUGCCCUGCCCACCGCAGCCCCCUGGUCGCCUUCUGCCGCCCCGACGGGCAGUGCAUCUGCCAGGAGUGUGGCCAGGAUGAGCACAAGGGCCACGCCUCCGUCUCCUUGGAUGAUGCCCGCAGGGACAAGGAGGCUGAGCUUCGGGACACCCGGUUAGAGCUGGAGCGCAAACUCAGGUUGAAUGAAAACGCCAUCGCCAGGCUCCAAGCCAAUCACAAAUCCGUUUUGCUGUCGGUGUCAGAGGUGAAGGUGGUGGCUGAGGAGCAGUUUGGGGAGCUGCUUGCUGCCAUGAGGAAGGCCCAGGCCGAUGUGAUGCUCUUCUUGGAGGAGAAGGAGCAAGCUGCUCUGAGCCAGGCCAACAGCAUCAAGACGCACCUGGAGCAUAGGAGCGCACAGAUGGAGAAGAGCAGGCAUGAGCUGGAGAGGAUUGCUGCCAUCAGCAACACCGUCCUGUUCCUAGAGGAGUACUGCAAGUUUAAGAACACUGAGGACAGUGCCUUCCCUAGUGUUUACAUCGGACUCAAGGACAAGCUCUCGGGCAUCCGCAGGGUCAUCACAGACUCCACGGUGCACUUAAUCCAGUUGCUGCAGAACUACAAGGAGAAGCUCCAGGAUUUCUCCAAGGAAGAGGAGUAUGAUAUCAGCACUCAAGUGUCUACUAUUGUCGAGCGCAAGUAUUGGACCUCAAAACCUGAGCCCAGCACCAGGCAACAGUUCCUCCAAUAUGCGUGUGACAUCUCCUUUGACCCGGACACGGCUCACAGGUAUCUCCGGCUGCAGGAGGACAAUCGCAAGGUCACCAACACCACGCCCUGGGAGCAUCCCUACCCGGACCUCCCCAGCAGGUUUGUGCACUGGCGGCAGGUGCUGUCCCCACAGAGCCUAUACCUGCACAGGUACUACUUCGAGGUAGAGAUCUCCGGGGCGGGCACCUACGUUGGCCUGACCUGCAAAGGCAUCGACCGGAAAGGGGAGGAGCGCAAUGGUUGCAUUUCUGGAAACAACUUCUCCUGGAGCCUCCACUGGAACGGGAAGGAGUUCACAGCCUGGCACAGCGACACGGAAACCCCGCUCAAAGCCAGCCCUUUCCGGAGGCUGGGGAUCUACGUGGACUUUCUGGGGGGGAUCCUCUCCUUCUAUGGGGUAGAGCCCGAUGCCAUGGCUCUGAUUCACAAGUUUGAGUGCAAGUUUUCAGAGCCCGUCUACCCUGCCUUCUGGCUUUCCAAGAAGGAAAAUGCCAUCCGGAUCAUGGAUCUGGGAGAGGAGCCUGAGAAGCCAAUGGCAACUUCUGCUGAGGCUGCUCCCUAGACCCCAGACUCUUGCUGACCACAGAGACAGGGCAGAAGCCUGCAUCUUAAGGGGGACCUGGGGAUGGAAAUGUCUGCCAGUGGUAGCUGGCUUUAGGAGUCAUGUGGGUCCCUGCACAAGGAGAGAGGUCUCUGGCUUUUCCCUUUUGCUCCCUGCUGUGCUGUUCUCUGUUAGAGUGUGCCCUAGGCACCUACACCCCGUUUCUCAUCUUCUAGUGAUAUUCUCCUGUCUGCUCAGGCGAAUGUCAGA